AUGCCCACCGACACCCCCUUCUCAAUCCGCCUCGCGCAAACCAUCGGUAUCACCUCCUCCCUCCUCGUCGGCGGCGUCUCCGCCGGCCUCUCCUUCUUCACUAUUCCCCGCCUGCUCGAAUCACCUACCCCAUUAAUGCUUCAGCAAUGGAGGAAAAUGUUCAUCGCAGGCAAACACGCUGCGAUCCCCGGCACUCUCCUCUCCUCUGUUUCAUACUUCUACCUCGCUUACAAUGCUCUGUCGAGCUCGAAUCCAUUCGCCGGGAACGGGGCGGGUUAUAGUUAUUUAAUAUCGGGCGUGUUGAGUGCGGGGAUAAUUCCGUUUACGUUUGCGGUGUUGAUGCCGACUAAUAACAAGUUGGAGGCCAAAGAGGAGGAGACUAGGAUGCUGGAGAAGACGGAUGAGGUUGUUGAGAUUGGGCUAGCGGGCGGCGAGACGGCGAAGGUGUUGGUUGAUAGGUGGGGAGCGCUGAAUUUGGGACGCGUGGGGAUGUUGAUCACCGCGGGUGUCGUCGGGAUUUGGACGAGUGUCAGUAAUUAA